AUGAGCCAGCCGCGAUAUUCAUCCCACGACCCCAUCAAGGAGCCGCACGCCGUCUCCGUCAAGGUCCUCCGACUAUCACGGCCGUCCCUCGUGCCGCAGUACCCGAGCAGCCCGCUCGCGGCCACGGCUGCCAAGGGGGCCGCGGCCCUCACGCACCCCCCGUACCUGCUGUCCAGCCUCUCGUACAGGACGGCGUCGGCGACGAACCCGGCGCCGUUCCUGCUCAGUCCCAUCGUCAACCUCCCCGUGUCGUUUGGAUCGGCCUACGUCGGCGAGACAUUCAGCUGCACGCUCUGCGCGAACAACGACGUCGCCUCGUCGUCGCCGUCACCGCCGGGCAAGCAGAUCCGCCAUGUGCGAAUCGAGGCCGAGAUGAAGACGCCCGGGCUCGGGGGGGCGCACAAGCUGCCCCUGGCCGACGGCCCCCCCGCGGACCUGGCUGCCGGCGAGACCCUGCAGAAGGUGGUGUCGUUCGACCUCAAGGAGGAGGGGAACCACGUGCUCGCCGUGACGGUGAGCUACUACGAGGCGGGGGAGACGAGCGGCCGGACGAGGACGUUUCGCAAGCUGUACCAGUUCAUGUGCAAGGCUAGCCUGAUUGUGCGCACAAAGGUAGGCCUGCUGGGGGGCGAGGAGGGCGGCGGUGGCAGCAGCAGCAGGAGGAGGAGGAGGAGGUGGUUGCUGGAGGCGCAGCUGGAGAACUGCAGCCAGGACGUGAUGCAGUUGGACAAGGUGGGCAUGGAGCCGGAGCGAGGCUUGCGGUGUCAGGGCUGCAACUGGGCUGGGGGGGAGAAGCCAGUCUUGCAUCCGGGGGAGGUGGAACAAGUGUGUUUUGUGGUAGAGGAGGCGGAGGAGGCGGAGGAGGGCAGUCGUGCAGGCGGCGAUGCGGACGGGAAGGUGGUUUUUGGUGUUUUGGGCAUCGGCUGGAGGGGUGAGAUGGGGAACAGGGGGUUUUUGUCUACGGGGAAGUUGGGGACGAGGGUAGUUGGCUGA